UGUCUGAACAUUUUGACAGAACCAUGCUGAAGCAAUUUGGUCUUCUGAAACAAUUCGGAAGUGUGGGAAAGUCACAAGAUGCUACUGACCUUCUCUCUGAUGAUCUGGUGUUGGUGGAGCAGAGGGUGGAGCCUGCCAGGAGAGCUGCCCAAAUUAUCCACAAGAGGCUGGCAGGCUGCCUGCAGAGUCAGCAGGGCCUGGAAGCAGAGAAGCGCACGAAAAAACUCCCUUUGAUGUUGCUGUCUGUCAGUAUGGCUGAAAGUCUUAUGGAUUUGGAUGGAGCGUCUCCUAUCAGGAAGGUUCUGGAGAUGACCUGCUACAUGGAGAGUUUCCUGGCAAAGACACUUGCGGAUUUUGAGGUUAAGGUGGAGAAGGAAGUUUUGGAACCUCUCAAUAAACUCAGUGAGGAGGAACUGCCAGAGAUUCUGAAGAACAAGAAACAGUUUGCAAAACUCACAGCGGAGUGGCAAACCGCACGAAGUCGGGCCCAGGGUAAGCAGGACGCACAGAGUGGGGAGGUGGAGGAAGCCUGGAGGAGACUGGAGAACUUUAAGGACGAGUACUCUGCAGAUCUCUAUCAUUUUGCUUCUAAAGAAGAUGUCUACGCCAGCUACUUCAUUCACCUGUUAGAGAUACAGACAGAACAUCACAAGACAUCCCUGGGGUUUCUGGAGAGGAGCAUUGCAGAGCUGAAAGAGACCAACAACCAAGAAGAGCCCACGCUAAGCAGUUCCUCAGCGAAGGUGUAUGGCACGCCUCUCCUCUCCCACCUGUUGGACAGUGGCAGAGAGAUCGCUGCCCCCAUCCAGGAGUGUGUGCAGAUGCUGCUAGACAAGGGCAUGAAGGAAGAGGGUUUGUUCAGGCUGGCGGGUGCAGCCUCGGUGGUGAAGAAACUGAAGAACAGCCUGGACUGUGGGAACGUCGACCACAGCGAGUUCAUCUCUGACCCCCACACAGUGGCUGGGGCUCUGAAGUGCUACCUCAGAGAGCUGCCUGAACCCCUCAUGACCUUCGACCUCUACCACGAGUGGUUCAAAGCUGCAGGACAGAAGGAGCUGUCAGACAGACUGGAACAGCUGAAAGGGGUGCUAAGCAAACUGCCCCCGGAGAACUACAACAACCUGAGAUACCUGGUGCAGUUCCUGGCUCGUCUCUCGGAGCAGCAGGAAGUGAACAGGAUGAGCCCCAGUAACAUUGCCAUUGUGCUGGGGCCCAACCUGCUGUGGCCACGUACUGAGGGGGACAUCUCCGUGCUGGACAUGGCGUCGGCCUCCUCUGUCCAGGUGGUCGCGGUGAUUGAACCGCUCAUACGGUUUGCCAGCAUCCUGUUCCCCGAGGAAGUGGAUUUCCAGCGCCAUGAACGCCCAGACAGCCCAGAUUUUAUCACUUCAGUCUGCCAAGGCUUUUCCUUUUGGACAGAGGACACCCCUCACCUCAGCCUCUCCUCUUCUCUCACACUCAGCCACAGCUUCCCAGUGGAUCAGGAAGGUUCUGGGCCACCCAUGGCCAAAUCAAGCUCUGUAAGCUGUCUAACGAGUAUAGGGGAGAAUCCGCCAUCAGACAGCACCGACCAGCAAUCUAUCCGAGACCAGAGCCAGACCCAGAGUUCAGCUGCCAUUCUGAUCCAAACCCAGGAGCCCAGCCCAGCAGAGUCCACUCCAUUCCAACCUCCCAUCUCUUCCAUGAAGAACUCUGAGCCCCAUAAAGAGGAGAGACGCUCCCUGCAGCAAAGACCGUAUCUCACCUGGGACAACAGGCAGGUGAACCUCACCCUCUCUCAUCCCGAAGUCUCGACUGGUCCUUUAUCCCAGCCAGCAGCCCCUAGUUCCAACUGGUCCUUGGAUUCCCUGGACAACAGAGCCAGGGGUAAAAAGGUUCCCAUCAGGGCCCCCCAAAUGCCACCUCCCCCACCCCCUAACCUUACAAAUAAGCAGCUUCCUUCAACUGGUCAAUAAAUUUGAGUA